GUUCUUGAUGUGUUUCUUGCCUUUCGCACGAUGGUUGAUAAUUAUUUUUCCACCACCAUUCGUCGUCUAUAUUCCGAUGGUGGAGGAGAAUUCCAGAAGUUAAGUUCCAUGCUUCUUGCUCUGGGAUCAGUCAUCUCCUUACUCCUCCCCAUACACCUGAGCAUAACGGCCUGGCCGAACGAAAACACCGUCAUAUCAUUGAAACUGGUAUCACUCUCCUACAUUAUGCUCAUUUAGCUACCAUCUUUUGGUCUUAUGCUUUCUCUACUGCCGUUUACUUAAUCAAUCGUUUGCCUUCCUCUGCUCUGCAUGGACAAAUCCCUUAUACUGCUCUCUUCAACAUUAUGCCCAAUUAUCAUAAACUUCGCAUAUUUGGCUGUCUGUGCUACCCCUGGUUACGCCCAUACUCGUCCCAUAAACUUGAUCCUCGCUCCCGUCCAUGCCUGUUCCUUGGUUACUGUCCGCAAAUGAGUGCGUACAAAUGUUUCGAUCCCCACUCCCAUCGUGUUUUCCUAUCCCGUCAUGUUCACUUUGUUGAAACUUCGUUUCCUGGCUAUUUAUCUAACCCUCCUGCAGAGUCUUCCCUCGUGGCCUCAUGGAUCACAGACACCGGCCCCACCAUUACCACCAUUCCAUUUCAUGUGACAUCCCCGACUGCUCCUCCGGUACGGGCCUCCUCUGGCGCAGGCCCUUUGCACUCAACAUCACCAACUGGGCCGCCCCAGCCCGCUGGCCCAUCCUCCUGCCCUGGGCCCCGCCCCCCUCUUCCUCUGGCCCAUUGCCAGCCACCAGCGCCCUGCCUGGCCCGUCCUCCCGCUCUGGGCCCAUGCCCUCCUCUUUCUCGGGCCCAUCGCCCCACAACUCCCCGCUCUCUACUUCGGACGUGCUAGCCCCUGCUGCCAAUAACCAGCCGGCCCAGAUCCAGGCCCCAACCUCACCCGAGCCCACAACCCAGCGGCCCACUGCCCCGCCGCCUGUCCAGCGCUCCCAUCCGAUGCGCACUCGGGCCCAAUCUGGCAUUCACAAGCCCAAGCGGCUCUUUUCAGCUUUAUUUACAACCUGGGCGCCACCUCUUGAGCCUCGUUCAGUCAAUGAAGCCAUGCAGUAUGCUGAAUGGGACUCCGCUCUUCGCACUGAGCACAAUGCUCUUCUUCGCAAUCACACAUGGGAUCUUGUUCCUCGCCAACCUCACUUCAACGUUCUGGGUAACAAAUGGGUCUACCGGAUUAAGCAUCAUUCUGAUGGCUCGAUCAAUCUCUUCAAAUGUCGCCUUGUUGCGAAAGGAUUUCAUCAACGCCCCGGGGUGGAUUUUCAGGAUACAUACAGUCCGGUCGUCAAACCUGUGACAGUCCGCACGGUUUUCACCAUUGCUCUCUCUCAGAGUUGGCCCAUUAAACAGUUUGACGUCAACAAUGCUUUCCUUCAAGGCCCUCUAGAUGAUGAGGUCUACAUGGUCCAACCUCCGGGCUUUGUUGAUCCAUUACAUCCACACCAUGUUUGCCGCCUUCGUCGUGCUAUCUAUGGCUUACGUCAAGCUCCACGGGCCUGCUACACUGCUCUCAGUUCUUUCCUCAUUGAGUUUGGUUUCCGGAAGACUGAAUCUGAUGCAUCCCUCUUCGUCUAUCAGCAAUCGGGCAUUAUCCUCUAUUUUCUGGUCUAUGUUGACGAUUUAUUGCUCACUGGCAAUGAUGUUGCUGCUCUGACAGCCUUCCAGACAGCUCUUGCCCACAAGUUUUCCCUCAAGGCACUGGGAGAUGUGAAUUACUUUCUGGGAAUAGAGGUUAUACCAACAGCGACGGGCUAUAUUCUCUCUCAGCACAAAUAUAUGACCGACAUUCUUGCCCGAUUUCAUAUGUUAGACGCUGCUCCGGUCUCCACGCCCCUUGCGUCCUCUGUCUCCUUGACUCUUCAUGACGGCACCUGUCCGACUGAUGCUACGCGGUUCCGGCAAGUACUGGGUGCUCUGCAGUACCUCGUCUACACCCGUCCUGACAUUGCCUUCUCCAUCAACAAGCUCUCCCAGUACAUGCACUCUCCAUCCUCUCAUCAUUGGCAGUGCCUCAAACGGCUACUUCGCUAUGUUUGUGGUACUCUCUCCUAUGGCUUAGCCAUCCGGCGCUCAUCUCUUCCUAUGCGCAUCACAGCCUUUGCCGACUCUGACUGGGCCGGGAACAUUGAUGAUCGCACAUCCACAUCCGCCUAUCUGGUAUACCUGGGCUCCACACUCAUCUCCUGGCAUUCUCAAAAACAACGGACGGUUGCCCGCAGCAGUACGGAAGCAGAAUAUCGUGCCAUCGCCCAUGCGACUGCUGAGCUGGAAUGGGUUCGCAAUCUCUUACAAGAGCUUCAUCAACCCCUCACCGAGUCUCCCACUGUCCUCUCAGAUAAUCUUGGUGCCACGCAUUUCAGUGCCAAUCCGGUCUUCCACUCUCGCAUGAAGCAUUUGGCUCUUGAUUAUCAUUUUGUUCGCCAGCUCGUUCAGUCAGGCCGUCUCAGUGUCCGCUAUAUACCGACCGCUCAACAAUUGGCCGACAUGCUGACCAAGCCCCUAGCCGCCUCUCGGUUCCUGCUACUUCGGUCCAAGAUUGGAGUCGUUGACACCUCCUCCAUCUUGCGGGGGCGUAUUAGAGAAAAAGAAUAACCAUUCUUUUUAUUUUUCCCCUAAUUACUCGGCCCUCUCUCUCCCUGUAACUUCUCCACUUCUCUUGUACUUUCUCCACUUCCCUUCUUUCUCUCAACUGUAUCUCCUGUAAAGCUGUAUAAAACAUAACUCAAUAAAUAGAAGCAAAUCACGUUGGAUUGCAUUCUGAUUUUCCUCAACAACAAAUCCUCUUUUCCAAUAGAUACAGCAUCCCACGGGGCCUAUUGCUACCAAAACUCAAGCACCAAUUUCGCCUCAGAGUUCUCCAUUUGAUCAACUACAAUUUUGAUCAGUUCAAGGAUAUCAAUAUCGACAUGAACAGUGUUCAAAGCAACCCUUUUGUGAGCCUUGGCAGCUCCCUCGGGGAGCUUUAUCUAUUGUGAGCCGGUGCCUCUUGCUUACGGGACUUGCUUCUGUUCACUAUUGUGGGGAUUCGGAGGCUUCAGGUUCGGAAUCUUCCCAAUCUGAAGUACUUGUGGUUUGACCAACUCCCAGUGGAGGAUUUAGAGAUUACAGGAGUCCCGUCUCUGAAAAACUUGUACAUCAGUUAUGCACCUUUGGGAGGUGAUUUUGUGGUGUCUUCGAUGCCAAAUCUCAAAGUGCUAGAAAUUCAUGGUAUGAAAUUCAGAUUUUCAAACUGUUGGGUUUUAUCAGUUUCAUCCUUUUUCUUCACAAAAUCUCACCUUUUUUUUUGUUUCAUUUUCAGAUGUAUACAAAUUGACGGAGCAGAAGUUUGAUGAGCUGAUGUCGAAGUCUCCAUCUUUGGGGUCACUUACUCUGGAUGGUCUUAAUUUAGUACAAAAACUGAAGAUUAUCAACCAUGACAAGCCUUGGAAAUUCCAUCUGUCUUCUUGGUAUGAAUUGCAAGUAAUUGAAAUGAAUGCUCCGAAGCUAUGUCAUUUCAUAUAUUUGGGAAGGAUUGAUUUCUUUAUUAAAAUCUUAGGCGAGGUCACUGACUAUCGCAAACAGGCUGGUCCAUCUCUUGAUGCACAAUAUAGGAGCUUUGGAAAGGCUGGUCAUUCUCGAAUUCGACUAUUUAUCAUAUUACAAGGUACAUUCACAUAUAUUUUUUGCAUACAUGUACUACAAUACGUCAUUUUCCUUCUCUUAUUGGAAUAUAUUCAUCUUGGCGUGGCUUACAAACAUGUAAACAGUAAACGCCUAUUUGUACCAAACUGACAGCAUCCAUAAAAAAAUUGUAUUAUUGUCAAUCGAUUUCUUAUUUUAUGUUUUGUUUAUUUGUUGUAUUGUAUAUUGGUACUAUUUGCAGUGCCAUUGGAAAAAAGUUCAGGAGAAGCUUCCUAUUCCAAGAAUUAAACAUGUGAAGAUUUCACGUAAUUUCUGUGGAUCAUUCAACAAGGAUGUUUUUCUUGACGGGUUAUUCCAGAAUUUUCAUCCUAAUUAUUUAAGUUUCAAUCAAAUCGGUCUAUCCUCUUUAUCAAAUGAAGGCUUAUUGUUAACUGUCAAGGUACGUAUGAUCUUUAACUGUUCGCGCAACAACAAAAAAGCCUUUAUUUUUUACUCGUUGGACUCGAACUCUCAACUCUUUCCUGCCCGAGCCCUUACUCCUUAAGCAUCAGAUAGGAAACAUACCUAUUAGUCCAAAUUCUACUAAAAAAACAUAACUAUCUUUCAUAAAUUUUCUUAUAGUUAUUCUAUGAAGCAUUAAUCUUCUUCUAGUAGUUUUGUCAUACGAGCUUUAUUGACGGAAUAACAUAGUUGCUUUUGCUCUAUUUGUUGACAGUAUAUAUGCAAACAAUUUAUGGAGAGAGAAUAUGAUAAAAAUCAUUGUGGAAU